AGAGCAAUCACCUCACAGACUUGUACCGAAAAGAAGAGACCAUCAGCGUGGCAGGGAACGGCUGCAUCCACAGUCCUCGCUUCCCCAGCAGUUACCCCAGGAACCUCCUUCUGACAUGGCGGCUCCACUCCCCUGAGAGCACCAGGAUCCAGCUGGCUUUUGAUAAUCAGUUUGGUCUGGAGGAGCCUGAAAAUGAUAUCUGCAGGUAUGACUUUGUGGAAGUGGAAGAUGUAUCAGAGACCAGCACAGUUAUACGAGGACGGUGGUGUGGACACAAGGAAGUACCUCCAAGAAUAACAUCAAGAACAAAUCAGAUAAAGAUAACCUUCAAAUCUGAUGACUACUUUGUGGCUAAACCUGGAUUCAAGAUUUGCUACUCCCUUGUGGAUGAUUUCCAGCAUGCAGCUUCAGAAACCAACUGGGAGUCAGUCACAAGCUCUGUCUCAGGGGUAUCCUAUCCCUCUCCAUCAGUGACUGAUCCUACCCUCACGGCAGAAGCACUGGAUCAGACCAUUGCUGCAUUUGACACAGUGGAGGAUCUGCUCAAACACUUUAACCCGGACUCCUGGCAAGAAGAUCUUGAGAAUUUGUACACAGAGAGUGGCCACCAUUAUCGAGGCAGGAGCUACCAUGACAGGAAGUCCAAAGUUGACCUGGACAGGUUGAAUGAUGAUGUGAAACGUUACAGCUGCACUCCAAGAAAUUACUCUGUCAAUUUAAGGGAGGAACUGAAGCUGACAAAUGUUGUUUUCUUCCCCCGCUGCCUCCUUGUCCAGCGCUGUGGAGGAAACUGUGGCUGCGGGACUUCGAACUGGAAAUCCUGCAUGUGCAUGUCAGGGAAAACAGUGAAAAAAUAUCAUGAGGUGCUGAAAUUCAUCCCUGAGGCCGGCCAUCCCAGAAGAAAAGGCAGAACCAGGAACAACAUGGCCUUAGUAGAUAUACAGCUGGAUCAUCAUGAGCGUUGUGAUUGUAUCUGCAGUUCAAGACCACCCCGAUAA